AUGUAUUUGUUGCUGAUAUUUGGCCAGUUGCAGCUGGGUAUGCACGCGUUUCCAGUUAUCCUGCUUCUCACAUAUCUGCUGUGCAUUCAAGGCAAAAAGAAUGACAAAGACGAUAAUGACGGGCAAUCAGGUCUUGGAAGAGGAUUUGGUGAUGACAUUAACUGGAUACCAUGGGAAGAAGCGUUUUCAAAAGCAAAAUCACUCAACAAGCCAGUCUUUCUACUGAUACACAAAACCUGGUGCGGAGCUUGUCAAGGUUAA